GACUGCUACCUGACGCCUUUCGGGUCCGAUGGCUUGCCCGACUGGGAUUUGGCCCACAAUCAGACGUGCCACCCCAUUGACCAGUCUUGCCCUUGCCAUCCGGACCAUGAAGAGCUUUGUCACGACAACUGGGGCACUUGGUGCCAGAUCAAAGCUUACGGGUCCUGUCCUGUGCACUGCACCACGGAUCAGAUGGUUUGCUGGGUCGCGCCCUACGACUCUGAUGGCAACAUCCUCUACGACACCGCCUGGACGGAGACCUGCGCCAACAUCACGGAUGGCUGUCCUUGCAACGCACAGUGGGAGAGGCAGUGCACCAGCCAUGGCUACACAUACUGCGAGUCGAUCUUCGGCAGCUGCCCUGUCGAUUGCGGUGAUGCUGACACGUGCUACCACUACAACUCAGGAAACGAGUCUUGCGCGACCUCUUCUGGUUGCGUCUGCGAGUCGGACGAGAUAAGCUGUAACAACCCGGACACCGGCCUGGCUGAGUGUUACCCAUCAGAGUGGUACCCUUCGGGCUGCCCUGUCUUCUGCGCGCACGACGAGAUGUACUGCUCGGUGGUCUCCUUCGAUAGCAACGGCUACAUGCUCUGGCAGGACUACUGUCUCAAUGGAGAGGCAAACGACUGGUGGUGCCCGGUGACCUGCGACAACACCACUGCGCAGAAGUGCGGCACGCCCGGUGCUUUUGACGAACACUGCGUGUCUCUGUCGGAGACUUGCCCGGUCAGCUGCACCGAGCAGUACUGCUGGGCAGACAAUUAUGCCGCCAACGGCGAUUGGAUCGACAGUGCCGAAAGCUGCGCAAGCUGGGGAGAAGAUUGCCCGUGCGGGGACAAUGCUGUCCGAUGCAACGAUCCUUUCUUCGGCUAUUCGUACUGCACUCCAACCGCUUACGGCUGCCCGCUUGUCUGCGACCCCGUGAAGGAGAAGACUUGCUACCCCAUCUCCUUCACGCCGGAGGGUGAGCAAGACUGGAAUGCACCCGUGAACGAGAGCUGCCAGAAUGUUUCCCAGACUUGCCCGUGUGGCGCCAACGCAAAGAUGUGCAGAUGGAAGGAUGAAUGGGGGUACGACAACGAGGUCUGCUUCCCGACGGCCGAGUCCUGUCCCGUCAGUUGCAAGUCGGACGAGCAGCGCUGCUACAUCCUGGACUAUGGGACGAACGGCUUCCCGGGUGCUUUCAGGGAGACCUGCGUGUCUGCCACGGCUGUCUGCCCCUGUGGAACCAACGCUCAGCAGUGUCAUGACCCCCACUGGGAUUUCCACUACUGCUAUCCUUUGGUGGACUACUGGACAAACAGCACCAUGCGCUGCCCGGUGUACUGCACAGACAACGAGGACACCUGCUACAGCCCGAGUUUCGAUGCUUCUGGGAACUGGGUGAGCACCGAGGAGUCGUGU